UCAGUCUGCUGUGAAGAUGAAGUGCAUUAUCCUCCUCUCCCUCGUAGCCCUCUGCUACUCUUACCCUUACGGUACCGGUUUCGGUAUGGGGUAUGGGUAUGGCAUGGGCUCUGGCAAGAAUUUCAACGUCAAUGCGGAUGGAUCCAUCACCGUAGCUACCGCUAAUGGGAAGAUGAUUACCAUCACCAAAGGCAUUGGUCAAAACGUUGUCGUCUCUGUUGCUGACCCAGAUGUAAGUGGCAAUCAAUAUUACUUUGGAUACCAAAAGCACCAGCCUGAUACUCUUGCCCAAAUCCUAUCCCAGUACCAGGGAGACAUAAACCAGAACACUUACCAACAACUUCUUGGUGACGUUGACUCCGCUGUUCAAGAUGGACAACUCGGCAAUGCUAUCUACGAGGCUCUCCAGAACUUAAACCAGGUAGGACAAAUCCAAGGUCAAGUUUUUGGCGGACAAGUCGGUCAACAGCAGUGGCAAGCGUUGAAACAGGCACAGCAAGUUCAGCAAUUGCUUCAGCAGCAAGCUCAGAACCAGUGGAACCAACAGGGGCUGCAGGUUCCUUAUGGACAGACCACUGGUAAUGUUCAAGGAGUCGUUGUACCUGUAGGAGUAAGCCAACAAGGACAAAUAGUUGAAAAACUACUCCUCCAAAAUCCUCAGAUAGGUUAUCCAUACUCUGUUGGACCCAUUUCUGGACACCAAGGCGUUUUUGGACAGCAAAGCUUUGGAGGUAAUUCCGCUUGGAACACCCUUAUCAACAACAUCUUGUAUGGCAGAGGACAACAGCAAAACCCCCAUCAAUAUGGUCAAUAUCAGGUUGGACCUGUUGGACAAACUGGCCAAUUACUUCAAGUAGAAGGAGAAAUCUUGAAUCAGCAGAAUCAAAUCCACCAGGGACAGAUGCAACAACAACAGCAACAGCAGCAAAUGUUACACCAACAGUUCCACCAUCAGCAACAGCAGCAACAGCUACAGGGUCAGCAGCAAUAUGUGCAGGAAUUGCAGGAACAAGUACAAAAGGAACAACAACACGUACUGGGACAACAGGAACAAGUACAAGAACAGCAAAAAUACAAUACUUGGAUGAACCUUCUAUCUGGCACUAAACCUUUAAUUCAGACUGUAGGCCAGCAAACUGGUUCCUGGCAACAGCAACCUGGUGUCUAUUCUCAAGGAGGACUAAAUGUUUUUGGUCAGGGACUCCAUCAUAACAUCCCAUUGGUUUUCUAAAAGGAUAAAUCGACUGAGGGUGGAAUUAUGACGAAAGUGACUAUUUUAUGCAUUUUUAUUAAUAAACAUCAUAAUGAAAUAUA